UAUCGCCGCUACUACUGAUAAUAACAAUCAUAAUCCUCUCACUGAUAAUCCUCUACCUCUCGUUUCUUCAGUAGCCGCCGCUACUACCAAUAAUUAUGAUGAUAAUCCUCUCGCUAAUAAUCCUCUACCUCUUACUUCUUUAGUGGCUGCCGCUACUACCGAUCAUAACAAUGAUAAUAACAAUAAUGACGAGCCUCUUGCACAUAAAUCUCCACCUCUCGUUUCUCCAGUAGCCGCCACUACUACCGAUUAUAACAAUGAUAAUAAUGAGUCUAAUAACAACCAUAACAAUCUUCUUAUUAAG